CUUUCACCUCGGAGCGGGGUAUGGGCUCCACCGUGGCUCUCGUGUUAAAUCAAAACUGCAAUCCGCGAGUUUCGCACCGUCCAACCUCGACCUCACCACCACGCCUACCCCACCUUGCCCGUCUUGCUCCCGUGCCGCAGUUAAGCCAGCGCGCCGCCAAGCAUGCCUUCCCACCAUUGUCGUCGCGUUGCAGUUGACUCCGCCAAAGGUAUGUGGGCGCUGUGUCUCGCGACAUUGUCUUGGACUUACAAUCGACCAGCUUUUGCGGACCUGGUCACAACAACCACCAGAACCACUGCGUCGGACACAGUCGGCAGUUCGCUAAAACUAUCAACUCAGUCUACUAGGACUUCGGUCGAUGACACCACUGGCUGCCUCGAUUGCGAGCAGCGUGACCCAUUUUGUGACAGGCGACUACUGUGUCUGCCAUGCGCACAACUAAAUGAGCAAACGCGUAUAGCUGGAGACGGUGCGGUGGGUGCCUCGGAUCUUGCCAUUGCCGGGAGCAAUCGCGACGUGAGGGCCGGCGGACAGCAGGUUUCGCAACCUCUGACCCCCCUCAACCACACACAACAAGACACGGCCGCCGACUCGCAUUCACCGUCGCCGCCACUGGGCAAUUUGCCCGUCUCAACAAUCCGCCCGCCCCGCCCACUGAAAAUGGUGGGCGCAUAUCCCGCUCCCAUGAAACCCCGCCCGUUGAAGAGGCAGCCCCGAGCCGAUAAGCACGCCCGACCCGAUAGACUUCGCCAGCGCAAUCGCAAUCUCAAUGGAGGCGUUGGAGGCGCUAGUGAGCUGAUGUCGACCCCUCGCAACACGGAGCCCUCGACGACCCCUCGCAACACGGAGCCCUCGACGACUCCACCUUCGAUGCGAGUGACCGACGUCCAGAGCCAAUGUCGUGUCAAUAGAACCAGUGGAGGCAACGGCGGGAAUGGAGGCAACGGCGGGGAUGGAGGCGACAGGGAGCAGGCGCAUACACCUCCGCGGGCUCCGCCCCAGCCCGAUGAUUAUCGCCUACCCGAGACGAUGACUUUGUUUCCGGCAUAUCGCAGCCAGAGAAACAAGGGUAUAAGUAUCAACUCCGCUGGCACUAAUGUCGCUGCGGAACGCCACGAGGUUCAACGACUCGUUGGCGACUACAUCGAGCCGGGCAAGGUCAGUGAUUCCGAGGACGAGGGGAAGUCGACUUCUGCUCGCCUACGAAUUCGACAAUGGGCACGCAAGAGUAUGGGUCUUGGUCGGCAUGGCUGGAAGAGUAAGGGUAUGGAUUGAAGACAAAAUGAGUCUGUUAGAGUUGUGGCUGCGCACGUGAUGCGUGCUUUCUUUUGCGAUGUUCUCAUUGUGCGGUUGGAGUCG